GGCAGAGGCUGAACGUGUAUCAAAUGACUGGGGUCGUCUUCGGAGACACUCCAUCCCCUUGCCUAGCAAUCUCAACUCUGUUGAGAACUGCUGAGGACGCUGCCUGUAGUAGCGAUGCCAAGCAGGCAAUCAAGCAACAGUUCUACGUCGAUGACUACCUGAACAGUCACGAGGACCCAGAAGAGGCAUUGAGGCUGGCACAUGAAGUGAAAGACACACUCGCAGAAGGAAACUUUAACCUCAGGGGUUGGCGAACCAAUCACCCAGUGGUUGCUCAAGGAUUCGGGAUUUCUGUUCAAGAACGCAAUGAGCCACUUCUGCAUGAAGAAGCUUGCGUUCGGGUACUUGGGCUGGUUUGGGAUUCAAGGUUGGAUCACCUUACAUUCAGAGUACAAGAAGGCCCAUUAACCCUCACUCGACGGGGCCUGUUGAGUCGAUUAGCUGGGCUCUAUGACCCAUUGGGCCUGAUUGCUCCUGUUACUGUGGCAGGAAAGAUUCACAUGAAGGGUAUUGUACUCAGAGGUCAUGACUGGGACGAAAAGGUGGAUGAUGAAGAGGCCUGGUGGUGGGAAAAGUGGAAUUAAAGCUUACAAGAUUUGAACAGAACCUCUUUUCCGAGCUGUCUCUUCCCAUUGUCAGGAGGAGAUGUACAAAAGGAGUGCCACAUUUUCUGUGAUGCAUCAGAAGAUGCCUUUUGCGCGGUAGCUUAUAUCCGGUCCUACCAACCACUUGGUCCCGUUCACAUGCGCAUGGUUUGUGCCAAAACCCGAGUUUCGUCUAAAAAACCCAUGACUAUACCCAAAUUGGAGCUUCAGGCGGCUGUACUGGCUGCAAGAUUAGCUGAUCACUUAAAGCAGACUUUAAGGGAGAAAAUUUCAAAGUGUACAUUCCCGACUGACCGGUGUUGGAUUGCCAGUGUUGCCCAGACGUUCAAACCCUUUGUUGCCUGCAGGAUUGGAGAGAUGCAAAGUCUCAUUCUAGCCAGAGAAUGGAGGCACAUCCCUGGCAAGGAAAACCCGGCCGACCUCGGAACCCGGGCUGCAAUCCCCCUGAGUCAAGAGUCCCUCCAACGUGGGAUUUUAGGACCAAUCUUCCUGAACACAAUCUGUGGAAGUUGGCCCCCGGACAUCGAGAUCCGUGAGACAGAAGAGGAACAAAGGCAGAAAUAUCGUAAAGCGGCCGCCCUCAACUUUGUGGGAGACGCCACCAAUGAUCUUCAGGAGCUUUUGGGCGAGCCAGCUAUAGAUGGUCAAACCGAAAAGCACACCCUCUCAGGACUCAUUGCUCAGGCUCAGAGAGAAUCCUUCCCUGAGGACUUCAGUGGGCAAGGUGAUUUCACCCCAAAACAUUCAUCAAGGAUGAAGAGUUUAUUGCCUUUCAUUGAUCAAGAGGGCAAUAUCCGUGCUCAAGGGCGUUUGAGCAGUGCGCAAGUGGGCUACGACCAAAGGCACCCAAUAAUCCUUUGCCCUCGUCAUCCCCUAACUAAGUUGAUCCUCAGAGAGGAGCACACCAAAGACCACCACCCAGGAGUGAACCAAGGUCUGGCUAUGGUUCGUCAAAAAUUCUGAGUUUUAAGGGGCAGAGAGGCCGUCAGGAAGGUGCGGUCGGAGUGCCGUGUGUGCCAGAAGUUAGAAGCCCGUCCAGCCCGUCAAGAAAUGGCGGAUCUUCCCACCGAGUGAUUUGCCAUGGCCAAACCUCCGUUUUGGAACACAUCAGUCGACCUCUUUGGGCCAUUGGAAGUGUUGGUCUUGAGGAAUAAAAUCGAGAAGAGGUGGGGCGUGUUGUUUGCCUGUAUGACCACUAGGGCAGUCCACCUAGAGGUAGCUCCGUCCCUCAGUACCCAGGAUUUUCUGAACACCCUUCGCAAUUUUGUCAACCUACGAGGGAAACCGGACCUCCUUUAUUGUGACAACGGUACUAAUUUUGUCGGUGCUCACGCCCUGCUAGGCGAACUUGAGCGUGAAGUGGCGGGCUCAGCCAAGACCCGUUAGCUCAUCACAUCAAAUGGAAAUUCCAGGUUCCAGCAGCCCCACAUUGGGGAGGGGUGCAUGAAUCCGUGGUAAAAUCUGCGAAGAAGGCUAUUAUUUGAGUUCUGGAAGGGGAUCAAGAAGCUAGACGCCAUCUCCGAGACCAUGAACUAUGGACGGUGUUCUGUGGAGUGACCGGCCUGCUGAAUGUGCGUCCCCUGACUUACGAAGGUGCAGAUGUGGGAGAUGCACAAGCGUUGACCCCUAAUCAUUUUUUUAUUGAUGCGGGCCAACGCGACUGUUCCACCAGGCAAAUACCAAUCUAUGGAUCCCAGAAAGCACUUUAACUACGUCCAGGGAGUGGUGGAUAGGAUUUGGACUAGAUGGACAACUGAAUACCUACCCACUCUCCUGACGCGAAACAAAUGGUGAACAAGGAUGGAAAAUAUUACGAUUGAAAUGGAAGUGCUCGUAGUGGGAACCAAUCAACCACGAUCUGUGUGGAAGGCUGGAACCGUGAUCCUCGUCCAUCCUGGUAAGGAUGGGUUAGUCCGAGCAGUGACGGUCCGCACACCAGAAGGAACUAUCCAAAGACCAAUUGGGAAGGUCUGCCCUCUCAUCCCCUUGAAAAGACUGCCCAAGACGGGAGACCCGACAUCCCGCGCCGGAAUGGGGGGAGGAAUGGACAAAAGGUUGUUAGCCACCAUGGAUGAUUCCGCGCUAUGUGGGCUCCCUGACGAAAAACCGGAAGAACAGGAGAGAGCAAGAGAGUGUAACAACAUCUCCCAGUAAUCAAAGAAUUGGGCGAGGCUGCUUAUGAUUUUGUAUUUGAAGGAAGCGAACUUCUGGCCAACGUCACCGCAGGAUUAGAUCCAGCAACAUCGCCACAUCUAUUUCGAGAAUGUUGUUGGAUGGCUGAGAAAAGAGGAUCCGUCGGAGAAACAGUGUAUCAUAUAUGUUUUCUGAUGCAAACUCCAACACACCUUGCCUUGGGAAGAAGGCUUUUGAAAUGGUAUCCAAAACUCAUUAUUGAUGUCUAUCUAUCUGAAGAGUAUUAUGGAGAAAAUGUUCUGCACAUGUCUGUCGUAGCAGAAGAUCCUACUACUGUGAAAUAUUUACUAGAUCAAGGUGUUGAUAUUCACGAACGUUGCUAUGGGAACUUUAUGUGCCCUGAGGAUCAAAAAGCAUCGAGAUCGGAUUCGUUGGAUCAUGAGAUUGUUGAUGUUUGCACAAAAUCGAAUUAUCAAGGAUACGUUGCUUGGGGAGAAUAUUCGCUCAGUUUUGCUGCAAAAUUGGGCCAAGAGGAAUGCUAUAGAUUGAUUCUAUCUCGAGGAGGCAACCACGACUUGCAAGACACAAAUGGAAAUACUGUAACUCACAUAAUGGUGGUCUAUGACAAUAUGAAAAUGUUUGAUCUUGCCGUGGAAUGUGGAGCUUCAAUAAACAUAAAAAAUGUUCAAAACAUGACCCCAUUGACAGUUGGGGCUUACCUAGCCCGACAAGAUAUGUUCUUUCAUAUUGCUAACAUCGAAAGAGAAGUUUAUUGGCAAAUUGGAAAUGUUUGUUGUUCUGCUUAUCCUAUUGAGCAAUUGGAUACAAUCAACUCUGAGACAGGAAAUCUGAACAUGAGAUCUGCUUUAAAUUUGAUUGUUUUCGGGGACCUAACUGAACAUUUGGACUUGAUUGAAGGAGUCGUUGUUGACCUUCUCCUAACGAAAUGGAAAUCCUUUAUUAAGGCCAGCUUCUUCCGCCAACUUUAUGCGUUUGCAUUGUAUUUUCUCCUCUCCACAUCUUGCUUUAUCUUCCGACCCUCCCAACCGGAAGUAGUUCCAUCAAUGGGAGCCAACAUGACGAGCCCUUACAUUGGCAAUGUAAACGAGAGUGGCAUUUUACUGUUGGAUAUGCUGGGGUAUGAACAACCCUUGUCGACAAACCACAGGAGGGUGUGUGGUCACAAUGCUUCUACGAAUUACUUUGAUAUGGUUACUAAUGCAAGUGGGACAUUGGACACGCGUCAUCCUACUCAUCCCACCACACUCGAUCUUCAAGACAGCAAUGAGGGUCGGACGAUCUCGUCAACGAUCGCGGACCAAGUAAAAGCAGCAAUGCCUUCAAAAACCACCACCAUCAUACUACCACCACCAUCAACAGCAACAACAAUAGUAGCAACAACAACAGCAACACAACUACCAAUCGCCACGGAUUUGGGGAAAGAAGUUUCUGGCGAGCUGGCGACAGCCACAAACAAGGCAAGAAAGAGGAGAGCUGUAAGCAUUAGUAUGAGUCCCACUGCGGAAGUCACGGCAUCGGCUUUGAGCGCCACUGGAGUACCGGAACUAUCGAAAGAAGAGGGAAAUCAAAACGACUUCUCUGGAGCACUCUCAUUGUUCUUGGAUUGCAUUGAACCCAACAAUGGGACGGCAAGCUGGAAUGGGACAAGUCAUUUGGAGGACAAAGGUUCGAUUUUGGCACACAACCUGACUGGAACUGAAGAUGAAUUGACGCCGGACAUGUGCUAUCUCCAUAGUUAUUCUACUCAUGAAACAUUUCUACGGGGCAUAGGCGAAUUGGUUCUCGUGAUUUGGUCGAUUGGAUAUUUUUUGAAUGCAAUGAGAGAAGUUUCGUUCCUUGGUCCGCGACUUUUUUUGAAGACUUUGGCUCUAUGUCCGUCCAGAUGUCUCUUCCUAUGUGCUUGUCUUUUGUGUCCUUUGGCCAUUCCAUUUCGUCUAGCUUGCCAACCAGAAAUCGAAGAUCGGCUCGCUUUAGUAGUGAUGCUCUUUACAGGACCUUACUUUCUAUUCUUUUGCCGAGGAUUCAAAACAACUGGACCCUUUGUUAUCAUGAUUUAUAGAAUGAUGGCUGCCGACUUGCUAAGAUUUGUCACCAUUUACUUCAUCUUUGUAAUGGGGUUUUCGCAAGCAUAUUACAUUAUGUUUCAAUCCUAUACGAAUACUACCAACCCUGAUCCGAUGCCGACGCCAAUGGAAAGCAUUAUUUCCAUUUUCAUCAUGUCUUUGGGCUCCUUUGGAAGUGUUUGGGAGGGACUUGGAAGUACCAAUCACAGCUUCUUAGGCAAGAUCCAUAGCUUUUUGUUUCUGGCAAUAGUGGUGGUUCUUCUUGUAAACCUACUUAUUGCUAUGAUGGGCGACACGUACACGAAAAUUGCUGAGAUAAAAAACGAGUGGAUGCGACAGUGGGCGAGAACUGUUUUGAUAGUGGAACGGGGAAUUCCUCCCAAAAGCCGUCUUCAUCACCAGAACUUAUAUUCAGAACGGAUGGCUACUGGAGAAAAAGCCUUGGUCAUGAAACAAACGAUGUCGGAGGAGAAGUUGGCAGAAAUUCAAGACAUUACCGAGAUGAAGGUUACCCAUCGGAGAAACAUAAAGCGCAGAUUGGAAAAGUUUGGUUACACGUCAAAUUCCACGAUUGGCUUGGAUUUGGCGGGCACAGCAGCUAAUGUCAUUGCUCCUGAUGCUGAUGGAGAUGAUAAUAAUCCUUUGUAUUGAAGCUAACCUACUUGCAUAUUGAAAAAUGUCUCUUUACAAUGUAAGCGAGGGAUUUGAGGCGAAGACAGAGGGGAACGAGCGUUGAUACCUUCAAUCAACCCAAUAUUGGCAAUGUUGCAUAACUACGAGCUCCUCCCUUAUGUUUUACCCAUAUACCAUCAUGUAUAGGUGCUCCGUAUAGUGAAAGCAAAUUGUGAGUAGAAUAACCAACCCAUUGCAUGAAUCUGUCAAGACGGCGUAGGUAGGAAGAUCCAAAUACUCUUGUCUGCCCUGCAUGAUACCAUUAACGUGAGCACUCUCACGAACUAGUAUUCAAUUGUACCAUGUGUGUAAAUUUAUCACUGACUUAUUUUUCAAUUUGUGGAACACUUGACACACUCUGUUCGUUGCUUCAUCUCAUCAAAACGGUUGAAACGAUUUUAUUCGAUGCAUCGUAUUGCAACGCAAACCCUUAAGGUCAUUUCCCGCGUCACAACAGUUUUCGUCGACUCUUUGACUUCAGUUUUUGAUCCACGCUCGAGGCACUUUUCUUUUUCCUCCAAACAAUUAGCUCGGUCCAAUUUUGAGGAUAUCACAAGCAACCGAAGCCAGACUCGUAUAGUAUAACUGUACACAGUAGGUCAAUGCUCAUCGCUAAGAAAUAAGUAAAUAAAUCAUCCUGUCAGUCAUAAAUCACCCGAACAGAUCUCAUUCUCUUUGUCAUUCGUGUGUCUCUUUUUCACCCUGAAGUGUUACAUUAUUCAUCGUUCCCCUGUCAACUUUAUGUCGUGCAAUCCCAGCUUAGCUUUGAAAAGGUUGGUCCAACCUAGCCAUGAACCGUCGUGGAUCGUACCUAGUAGCUUCUAUGUACGUACUAUGUAGAAUGAUUCGAGUAACAAAGCCUUUGCCUUCCGUUCGACCGUUCGACCGUCCGACCGUCCGACCGUCCGACCGUCCGUGUCCGAACAGAAGGACGACGGACGAAGAGUACGACAAGCAGGAUGACGGCGACGGAGACAUGGAUGUUCCGAACACAACUGUUUUGCGGGGCCAUGGCGGGGCCAAGCUUGAUGAGCGCACCAGCCUCCUCAUUGGCCACAUUUACGCCUUGCUAUACUCCUGUAUAUCCUAGAUAUAGGGUCCACGAAUACUCAUGCAUGAUGCACCAACCAUCAGCAUUAUCCUCAAAAGCGAAGCGAUGAAAUACACCGAAAAAGAAGAUGAUUUCCACUCAUGGGUUUCUCCCUAACAUCCAUUCUACCAACCAGUAGUUGAGUCUAGAUCUGGUAUCUCUCCCUGACUGCUUCAAAGAGAUGUCAGGUUUGAAAGGGGAUUAUUUUCCCUGU